GGCCCUAGUGUACGUAAUGGACUACGUAAUAUAAACCAAUCAAGGCGGUUUUGAAAAAAGAAAACGGGAAGACGUUUGCGUCCAUUUUCUGCAUCAUUUGUUGAUAACACCGAACACUACAAAAAAUAAUCUGUCAUCGAUUUAAUUAUGGAUAGUAGGGAACCCAGUGAUGUGCACCAGGAAGCCAUUGUUCCAGACGAGGAAACUGUCUCAAGAAAAGAAAACGCCCCAAAGAAGGCAAACCAAGCAGAGGUAGCAGGCUCUCAGAGCAGAGGAGACCCUUUCGCCUCCAGGAACGGCCGACUAUACAUGUGCCCCGAGUGCUCGUACCUUACUCAACACUCGCGCAAGCUCACAGUCCAUCUGAAGACACACACCGACGAGCCUUUCUUCCCCUGUCCUGAGUGUCACUACAGAUUCGACACGCAGGGCAGACUACAUCGUCACAUCGUCCACGGUCACUGCAGAGGCAAAGCCACCGCAGGCCUUCGGAAAUCCUCCCGUCGCCGGAAGCGUCCGUCUGUACCUGUGCACAAGUGCGACCGGUGUGUCUACUUCACCACUCACCCUUACAAUCUCAAAGUGCACAUGCGUACACACACGGGUGUGCGGCCGUAUGCGUGUGACCCAUGUGGCAGCAGGUUCCGCACCCAAAGUCACCUGUACAGGCACAUGCUUAGCAAGCGACACCAGGCUGCCUCAACUUAGUGAUGGAGACCUUUGAUUUAUUAUUCAAGUGUUUUUCUAGUAUUUUAGUUGUUAGAUUAACAAUGAAGUUCAAGGUUCUGUAACCGUUCAUGUUAUAUCGAUUUCUAUAUUUAGAGAGCAGUUUAGGUUGGUUUGUUCCAAAUACUUAACACAUAUAUUCUAUAAUAAAGUAUAUAUUUGGACUUGA